GGAGAAACUAGAACAAAUCCCAAAAAUUUACACAAACACAAAGUCAGUAGAAAGAAAGAAAAAUAAAAACACAAAGCAAACAGAUCGAGAGACAUGGCGAAUCCAUUCGGCCGCGUGAUAGACAACUUCGAGAUAGAGAGGUUGGAUCCCAAUCAUCCGAAACCAGAAGAUAUAAACCAGCUUCACCGAGCUCGGAGUGCUUUCUCAUGGAGGUUGGAUAAUAACAAGUCCCAACAGGCACAGAAUUAUGUGACUGAACUCAAGAGGAGUUACGGCAGUGGAACCUCCACACAUGUCGUAAUCUUUAAUGCCACUGGAUUUUCUCUCAACUUUAGAGCAGAGUCGACCUUAAUUGGCAGGCUUUACCGUACACCGUACCCGUGGGAGAUUGGGAAUGGUCAGUGGGUUUCCUUCCUCCACACUGGUGAUACGACAGCAGGGUUGGUGUAUAGCUGCACCAACAAAUUUGGUCUAGAGCGCGACGUCUACUUUGGUUGGCGAACCGUCGGAGGGCCUGGUGGUGGUACUGGUAACCGCAACCGUGUUUAUGCGGAUGUGAUUCCGAGGGGUGGUUCAUUGACAUGGGAUGCAUGGAGGAAUGCUUUGAGCAAUGCCUCUUCAAGUAAUACCUACAAUAAGAACGGAGUCGAAGUUAAUAUUGAUAUUGCUUCAGGCACCUCUCCCUUCCUCACUGUGAUCAUCAAACUCCCGGGCAUUUGAAUGCGUACUGGGUGCACCUUUUACUGGUGUGACAUGUAAUUGCCUUUAAGAGGUUGCACUAGGCCUCUUGUGGCCUUCACUAUAUAUAUAUUUUUUUUAAGUCUUGUUUCAUUUAUGUAUUUGCUGUAUUUUAAAGUUUCUCUACACGUUGGUGGAUCCAAUUAAAAAUAAAUAUUAGUGAGCAGCUACUAGCUAGUCUCUUAUUUA